AUGAAUAAGGAUUCGUACGAUCUUCUGUUGACCGGUGACUACGGAGAGGACGCCAUCCUUCAAAAUACUUCUCGUCUUUCUCAUGGGAGCGCACGGCGUAACUCCCUAUCAUCAUAUUUAAUAAUUGCUUCCAAGAUAUUCCCAUGGAUUCUGUCAUUCAUACUUGCGACCAUCAUUAUAUACGACAGAACUAAUGGCUGGGAUCGAUUUCGUCAACACAAACUAUACGCUUCGCACCAAGCUUAUUCUCCGGCCCAAAACGAGAUUGAAUACAAAUUAACGAAAUUCCAUACCAAUAUUGUGGAUGCCCCCGACGAAUUUCAAGGAGGCCCUUCAGAAAUUCUGAACAAGGCAUGGGAUGGUUUGUUCAAUUUUGGUAUAUCUACAAUCCCUAAAGGUCAAGCAAAAUUACUCCCAAACUAUACAUCACCAGUACCUGGUCACGAAGACGAAUAUAUUGUUGAGCUUGACGUAUUUCACCAACUCCACUGCCUUGUACUUUCCCUGAAUUGGACGGUUCCCGAAACAUAUCCAUAUGAGGCGUUUGAAGAAAAUCGAGUCAAAAACAGUAUCAACCCAUGGCACAUCGGUCAUUGUCUCGAAAGUUUACGACAAUCGAUCAUGUGUCACGCCGAUAUUACUCCAGCCGUUUGGCACUGGGACUACUCUGUUGCCAACCCAGUAAGAAACAAGCCUUGGCUCACUGUUCUACAUACGUGUCGCGAUUUCGACCGUAUCCGUGAUUGGGCUAAAAAGCGCAAGAUACGAUGGGAUUUUGACGACAAUGUUGAAAUACCGCAGCAGUUUGAUAUACCAACAUAUCCAUGA